AAAUGCUUAUUCACUUGAAAUACCCACGCAAUCUCUGAAAUGGUCCUUCGUUCAGGGAUUUGAAAAAAGGGGGGCACUGGAAAUAACGGGAAAUUUUUACUGCAGUGGCAUCACGUGGACGAGUUGACAUCGUUUUUAACGUAAUUUGGUCUGAAAGCCUUCGCAGAUUUUGGCGCAGGGAGAUCAGAUGUAUGGACUACAGCGUGCAUGGUAGGCAUCAUGUAAAUGGGUCUCAAUAUUGGUGUCAUUGCUCAAAAGAAUUGCGGUAAAGUAUUUAAAGAUAUUUCAGGCUAAUGGUUCCAUCAAAUAAAUAUCUAUGAUGGCAACUGCAUCUUUGCUGCAAUUUUCACAAGUUUUAAGGCCUUGUAGACAGCACAGAGAUUCAACCUGGUUCGAGGGCCGAAAAUUUCUACACAAUUGCAGGAGAUAUGAACAUCGUAUGUGCAUGUUGAGUCAUGGGCUGUCAGCAUCCACUUUGAGACAGCAUGCUUUGAGCCUCAAGUCGUCACACAAAGUAAACAUGCCACUGUGUGCAGUUCCCAAUGUUCACAAUGUUGUUACUUGUCAAUCAGGACAACCAUACCAAGCAGUAUUGCUUUCCAUAAAAACAUUUUCUGUAGUGUUGAGCAGGGCACACAAUGCUUUGCAGCAGAGCCCUCUUAUACUACGAUGUGCUCCUGCAGUUGGGCUCAUAGUAUUUGCUGCAUGGGGUCUUGGGCCAUUUCUGCAGCUGAUUCGUCAUGUUGUAUUUCAUCGGAGUUCUCGGAGUUGGAAGAAAAGCAGUACUUAUUACUUCAUGACAUCCUAUUUGCGGCCAAUCCUGCUAUGGACAGGUGUCAUACUGCUCUGCAGGGCAUUUGAUCCUGUUGAGGCUUUGUCUGAAACAAGCGAAGCUAUCAAGCGGCCACUUGUAGACAUUGUUAGGUCACUCUCAACUGUUUUGGCAUUUGUAUGUUGUAUAUCUAGCCUGAUUCAUCAGGUAUAUAAAUUUGUGAUGGAGCGCCAGAACCACCAGGACACUAGCAAUCUUGGAUUUGAAUUUAUUAGAAAUGCUCUAAUUACUGCAGUUUGUGUGGUGGGAGUAGCCUUGUUCUUUGAGAAUGUGGGUUUUCCCAUUCAAAAGUGGAUUUUUGCUGGAGGGUUUGGAACAGUAUUAUUGACUCUCGCUGGUCGUGAGAUUUUGACCAACUACAUGUCAAGCAUAAUGAUACAUGCGACCCGGCCAUUUGUUGUCAAUGAUUGGAUUCAAACCAAGAUUGAUGGGUAUGAGGUUUCUGGAAUUGUUGAGCAUGUUGGUUGGUGGUCGCCAACUAUUGUUAGAGGGGAGGACCGGGAGGCUGUGCAUAUUCCAAACCACAAGUUUACCAUGACUGUUGUUCGAAACAUCAGUCAGAAGCCCCAGUGGCGCAUCAAGACUCAUUUUGCUAUCAGCCAUUUAGAUGUGAGCAAAAUUAAGAAAAUUUUAGCUGAUAUGCGUAAAGUCUUAGCGAAAAACCCCCGUGUUGAACAGCAACGGCUGCAUCGAAGAGUAUUUUUAGCUGAAGUAAAUCCAGAGAAUCAAGCUCUUAUGAUUAUGGUAUCUUGCUUUGUGAACACUCGCCAUAUGGAGGAAUAUCUUUGUGUUAAGGAAGCAAUUCUUUUGGAACUUUUAAGAGUUAUCAGACAUCAUAAUGCCCGACUGGCUACUCCAAUCCGUACCUUGUACAAAACGUAUAGUGACAGUGUGAUAGAAAACAUACCAUUUGAGGAAACCAUUUCUGGAAGAGGAGGGGUUUCCAGUAAUCGACAUUUCCUACUUAUUGAAAGUUCAAUAUUGAAUGCAGAGGAAAAGGAGAGACGACAUUCUUUUCAAAGUAAUCAAGAGUUGAAUACUGUUCAAAUAAAUGGAGUUGCUUCAGAGGUUAAAGGGACUGAAUCUGGAAUAAUUUCGUCUAAUGACAAUAUCAAUAGUGACAGUUCAGAUGCAAAGAAUAUUCACAUACGGAAAGAGAGUGAUCCUGCUGCUGUUGACUCACAAUCAAAGAACAUAAAGCCAAGCUUGGAUGCAGUUGAAACAUUGCCUCCAAAAUUGCACCUGGAAGGGUUUGCUACAAUGGAACAAAAUUCUAAUGACAAAGCCUUGCACGGAGCAACUUUAGAAAACCCAGUUGACGUUCCUGAGGUACAUGUUGAAGCUGGGAUUGCAAAGAGUGACAAGGUUGGCUCAAGUAAUGAGAGGGCAUCCACGAAGUCUGUAGAUUCAUAUCAAAAUGUAUCCAAAGGUGGAAAUAAUGGCACUAAGUCAUCUACUGAAGUUAAUAGUUCAGCUGAAGAAGGGAAAAAGGUUAAAUCAGACUCAAGAAGCAGACUAAAUGGCACCAAGUCAUCUACUGAAGUUCAUAGUUCAGUCGCAGAAAAAAAAAAGGUUAAAUCAGACUCAACAAGCAAACUGAAUGGCACCAAGUCAUCUGCUGAAGUUCGUAGUUCAGUUGCAGAAGUUAACAGGGUUAAAUCAGCCUCAAUAAGCAGUCUUGAAAAUGAAUUACAUUCAGACAAAAGUAAACAAGAAGGUCAAGGUUUUUCCCCUCCAUCUCUUGAGAAAAAACAAUCUAGUAAUGCUAUUUCAAUAUCAAGUCUUCCACUGGAAGAAAAUAAACUUCUCGGUGUUGCUUUGAAUGGGCCAAAGAAAUCUCUUCCGAUCGAGGGAGACGCUACUUUUCAGGCAGAACCGAAAAAACUUGCUGCAUGCAGAAACAGCAAUGGUAAUUCUGGACUAAAGGAUAAGGGAGAGUCUCAGCUGCCACCUUCAGGUGUCAUGCAAUCUGACCAAAGAGAUAAUCAGCUAAAUAAUUAAUGUAUAGGAGCCUAGAAUAACUAUUAAUUCCCUAUCUGAUUUUUAACAGUAAUUGAAUUUGUUAAAAAUCUAGUUGCAAUAUCAAAAAGCAAGGCAUUAUUUUUUAAGUA